AUGGAGAUGGAAAAGGUGCACACUUUCCCACGACCGCCUACAUGCACCAACGAGUAUCCACAUCCUCGCAAUCUAAUUAUCACAAACGACGACUACGAUAGUCAGGAGUCAUGCAAAUGGCAAGCCAAAACCGUGAGGGGUGAAGCCCUCGCCAAAAAACGACGCGUCACUCAAUCCGCAAACAUGCGCCAUGAGGUGUCUUUGGCCUAUGCCGCCAUAAUUUGCCCUGAUUGA